AUGCAAACCGAGGAGAAAGCUCUUCCGAUGCCGAAGAAGUAUUGCGGCACGGUAAGAGUACGAGAGUGGUACAGUGAGCUCUACCCGGAGGUACAGUCCCGGGUGAGACGGACCGGAUUGGGGCAUAUUGCUACUUGCCCCAUUCGUGAGCUAGACAGCCUGACCGUUCGGGCUUUAGUGGAGAGAUGGUGGCCGAGCACCCACACCUUUGAUCUCCCACUAGGAGAGGUGACCAUCACACCUCUCGACUUUUAUAUGAUUAUGGGGCUUCCGUUUGGAGGGGCACCCGUGACACUAGCCCCGGCGGAUCGGGUAGAUCGUUUCACCUACUGGGGGCGUAUGACUGGGCUCACUGUCACCCAGAGAGGGCUUCCUGCUACUGCUAUGAGGCGGCAUUGGAAGGAGAAGGGGCUGACAGACCAAUCGCCCUCUGAGGAGCAUGACCAGAUGGCCAGGUGCUUUCUUCUAUAUCUGUUGGCUGAGGUCGUGUUUAGCGACAUGAUCGGGACUGUGACCGUCAACCUCGCUUUUUGCCGAUUUCUUGAGGACUUUGAUGCUGCGGCGGAGCUCGAUUGGGGAGGUUCGGCUUAUGCCCACCUCCUUUAUAUGCUAGGUUCCCCGAGCCUCAUCGGGUGCUCUUAUGUCAUUUGGACAUGGAGCUAUGAGAGAGAGCAGGAUGCGCUUCUUCGGGCUGAGUUGGAGAAGCAACGACUCGAGUUUGAGAGAUGUAGAGCUGAGCUGACUCAGGCCAGAGUCGAGAUCGAGGCCCUCUGCUUGGACCGAGAUACGGUCGGGGAUGCGGGGGCGAGCCUCUCGGUGGAUGAUUAUUAUCACGAGUGA